AUGUCUCACCUUCCGAUCAAGUGGGCUGAGCGCAAGGACCGUCUGUUCAUCACGGUAGAGGCGAGCACUCCCACUGACGUCCAGGUGAACUUCCAGGAGAAGACGGUGUCCAUCUCCGGCAACGGUAUCACCGCCAACGGCAGCCAGCCGCACGCUCUCAAGGAUGAGCUGCACCUCCUCAACGAAAUUGUCCCGGAGCAAUCGACCUUCAAGGUGCUUGGCAUGGCAAUUCAGAUCUGUGCCAUAAAGAAAGAGCAGGGUUACUGGAACCGUCUCGUUGAUGAGCCGACCAAGGCGACUAAGAGCUGGCUCUCCGCCGACUGGAACCUUUGGAAGGACGAGGACGACGAGGCUGAGGAGAUGGCCGCUGCGUCCAACUUCGGAGGGUACGGCGACAUGGGCGGCAUGGGUGGCAUGGACAUGGCGUCUAUGAUGGGCGGCAUGGGUGGCAUGGACAUGGAGUCAAUGAUGGCCUCCAUGGGCAAGGGCGCGGGCGUCGAUUCCGACGACGAGGAACUGGACGACGACGGGGCCGAGGUGGCCGACGGCGAGUGCGAGGAGGAGGAGCCGGCAGCAGACAUCAGCGAUCUCAACGCGUAA